AUGUGUGACGAGACAAAGCCUACCUGUAAUCAGUGUGCCAAAUCUCGGAGGCAAUGUCCUGGCUACAAGGACGAGUUCGACUUGGUUUUCCGGAACGAAACCCAAGCUACUGAGAGAAGGGCUCGGAAAGCCAACAAGAAGGCGUUGCAAAGAUUAGGAAAGCCGGACGAAAAUCCUGAUGAAUCCAUUGAGCACAGCGAUUCCGUGUCCCCGACAGCGGGCUUCGAAGAUGCGUUCAAGUCACCCUUGGAACAAGCGGUGACACCAGCGUUGGUCAUCCCCUCCGAAACUCGGGCAGACUGCCAUUUUGUCGCCAACUUCAUCUUGAUUCCGCGACAAGGAAGCACAAGGGGUUUUCUUGACUUUCUCAUCCCCCUGCUCAAGCAAGAAGGCAAGGACAGCCAUCUGCAGCGGGCGUUCAAUGCCUGCUCAAUGGCACUGCUCAACAACUGUUCGGGAGCGAGGAACAGCUAUGCGGACAAGGCGUUGAACGAAUACACACAUGCGCUCAAAGGCACGAACAUGGCGCUCAGAGACCCUGAAGCCCAGAAAGCAGACUCAACCCUUGCUGCCGUCGUCCUAUUGGGUCUUUUCGAAAACAUCACCGCAAAACAGUUAGGAAUGCUAGCUUGGGGCUCACACAUUGAGGGUGCUAUUCAGCUGGUGAAGCAGAGAGGGAGGAAGCAGCUCCGAACGAGGACCGGUUUGCUGCUCUUUAUCGCCGUCCGCACUCAAAUGAUCAUCCACACUCUGACUUCAGGGAAAUCCCCCAUCAUGGGCGUUGAGUGGUGGCUCAACGACGCCGUCAAGGAUGAGACGGCAGCAAAGGUCCAACGUAUCAUGAUCAAGACCGGCGAGCUUCGUGCGGAGGUCACUCGACUCAUGAACUGCAUGGCGCGGACGCCGGAGAACAUCGAAAUCAUGCUCAACAUGAUACGGAGGUCGCAGAUGGUUGACCAGGAGGCAGUCAGCUGGAUGAGGGACGUGCCAGACUUCUGGAAAUACCGAACGGUCGCGUGGGAGGACAACGUUCCAAACGGAGACUAUGCACGGGCCGAGGUCUAUCCCGGACGCAUCGACUUAUACACCGAUUUCUGGAUUGCAAGCGUCUGGAACAUGUGCAGGACCUCACGACUUAUCAACGCCUCGCUGAUCGUGCGGUGUGCGGCCUGGGUCAGCGCGCCCGUCGACUACCGGACGACGCCUGAGUAUGCCACCUGCUCCAGGACCUGCGUGGAGGUCAUCACCGACAUCAUCGCGUCGGUGCCGUACCACCUCGGAUGGCACCUGAAGAGAAAGGACGUACUGCAGAAGGCGAAUUUAGGCCAGUUCGCCUGUGGAGAGGAGGACUCCCUGAAGGGGCUAGCCGGGUACUUCCUGACCUGGCCGCUGGCUUGCGUCCACGGCCAGGAUUAUACAACCGACACUCAGCGUGCUUGGGUGAACGGACGGCUCAAGUACAUUGGCGACGAGCUCGGCGUCAAGUACGCACACAUUCUUUCUCAGCUGCAAGUCCGCAUCCCGUCCAUGAUGAUCCGCCGCGACGGCCUCAUGGCGUCUCCGUACGGCAUGGCACACGACUUCGAGAAGCUGGUCUCGGCCCGCAACGCGCCGCCGUCGGCCGGGUACACCAUGAACCCGCUGCAGCAGCGGGAGGCGAUGCAAAAGGAGUACUUUGAGCAGCGGCGCGCGGACCUGCUGUCGAAGGCCGCGGGAAACACGCCGACGCCGUCAACGCAAUGGGUGACGGAGAAGUGGCUCACGUUGCCCGAGAAGAACGCAUACCCCGGCCCACUCCAGGUCGACUUCCAAAACCCGGUUUCUGCGGGGCCGGUGACGGGGCCGUAG